UAAUCAUGACUGAACUCAGCUGUUAGCUGUUAUUUAUGGAAUGUGUGUAAAUGGAAAACAGCACAGACCUUUUAUAUAUUGGAAAACAGUGUGAACAAAGUUCAACAGAUAUACUGUGGUACAACGGAGCCAUUUGAACUUUUUUUAAAUAGAUAGAUAAUGAAUUAGUUUUCGUUUGUGUGUUGAAUAAAAUAUAUUUUUCAUAUAAUAAUCUUUGUACGUUUAUUAUCUUAAGUACCAGUGUCUCUGGAACAUUGAUAAAUAUUUAAAAUUCGAACAGUUUUCAAGUACUUAUCAGUUUACAUCUAUCUGUAGAAAUUAGGGAUUCUUUUAUUUGUAAUUUCCAUAAAUAUGGGUAGGCCACAUUUUUGUAUCCUCCUUGUGGUGGUAUUUUUAAUUGGAAUUUUGGAUUCGCCGGUAGAUGGUUAUAGAUAUUUUAGACAUGGACGGUUAGGAAAAAAGUUAGAGGACUCAAAACCCAGUAAAUUUGAACGAUGGUUUACACAACACUUGGAUCAUUUUAAUCCCAAUGACGAGCGAGAAUGGCAGCAACGAUAUUUCGUAAAUGAUGAAUUCUUUAAUACAACCUCGAGGAAUGUGGCGUUUCUUCAGAUUGGUGGUGAAGGAGAAGCUACUGCAGAUUGGAUGACAAAUGGUUCUUGGUAUUUAUAUGCCCAAGAUUUUAAACCGAUUUUAUUCCAGUUGGAACACAGAUAUUAUGGAAAAAGUCAUCCAACCGAGGAUAUAAGCACCGAAAAUCUCGUUUAUUUAACCAGUCAACAAGCCUUAGCUGAUUUGGCCUUCUUCAUAGAAGCUAUGAAUGAGCAGUAUGAGCUUUCAUCAGAUGUUAAAUGGAUUGUCUUUGGUGGGUCUUAUCCCGGAUCGUUAGCAGCUUGGAUGAGACAAAAAUACCCUCAUUUGGUACACGGAGCCAUGUCAGCUAGUGGACCAUUGUUAGCUAAAUUAGAUUUUCCAGAAUAUUUGAGAGUGGUCCAAGACGCUCUGCGCACCAGCAGCGAAGAGUGCGCAAACGCCGUAAAAGUGGGAACCAGUCAAAUCGACACUUUACUCCUCCAUAUGGUCGGCCAACGAAGCAUUGACGACAAAUUCAAAUUGUGCGACAAGAUCGAACGUAGCAUCGACAACCCACUCGACGUUUCGAACUUCUACCUAAGCCUCUCCGAUAAUUUCGCCGGCGUGGUUCAAUACAAUCACGACAAUCGGGCGUCGACGGUAAAAUUGAAUUUGACCGUCGAGAAAUUGUGUUCAAUCAUGACUGAUAAAAGUUUGGGAAAUGAGAUCAACAGAUUGGCGGCUGUGAAUUCUUUGUUGCUCCAAACGAGCAACGAGACUUGUUUGGAUUAUAAGUACGAUAAUAUGCUGGACGAAUUGAGAAAUACCAGCUGGGAUGCUGAAGCUUCUGAAGGAGGUCGCCAAUGGACUUACCAAACGUGCACCGAAUUCGGUUUUUACCAAACGUCCACCUACAAACCGCAGAUAUUCGGCGACAAAUUCGAUUUGGACUUCUUCGUUAAACAAUGCCAAGAUAUCUUCGGACCCGAAUUCAAUAAAACCUUCCUGGACAAUGCCGUGGAAAGAACCAACGUAUUGUACGGCGGUUUGGACAUCGAAGUGAACAAUGUUGUGUUCGUUCACGGCUCUCUCGAUCCAUGGCACGUUCUGGGAAUCACGCAAACUGAAAACACUGGAGCUCCGGCCAUCUUAAUCAAAGGAGCAGCUCAUUGCUCUAAUAUGUACAAUCCAUCUGAUAAUGAUACUCCACAACUCAAGGCAGCUAGAGUUCAAAUUAAAGAUUUUAUUGCUUCUUGGAUAGAUUUGUAAAAUUCUUCAUCCACAUGUUUAUAUUUUGUCCAAAGAUUAGUUUCUGUGAUGGCUUUUUAAUAAUUUUUGAGCAGCUAUUUGACAAGUUUAUAUCAAAAUAUUAAUUGUUCCUACUCAUUUAAUAAAGUUUAAUUUUAUACUUAUA